AUGGAAUGGCUUUUCCUAGCUUGGGUUGGUGCACUGAGAUUUGUUUUGUUUGGCAUGCAGUUGGACAAGGCUUCUGUGCUUGGAGGUGCUGUAAAGCAUAUAAAACAGCUCGACAAACGAGUCAAGUUUUUCGAGAAAGAAGAGAAAAAGAGGAAUCAGCUGGAGGAAUUGCUUGUUUCUGCAAUGAAGAAACCUCGUCCUAAUAACGACAAUUCAUCUUCAUCCGCGGAGAACGUCUCUAAUAACAGUAGCUGUGAUCAUCACUCCUCAUCAUCUGUUGAGGUUCAAGUAACAAGCUCAGGAGGUGAUAUGCUAAUCAAAAUCGAAUGCAAGAACCACGAAGGGAUCUUAUUGGGAUUCAGUUCCCUAAUGAAAAGGAUUCAUUUGAAUAUAACCAGCAGCAGCUUUAUGCAAUUUGGGCAUGGCAUGCUCUUUAUUGGUGCAGUUGCGCAGGUGGAUGAGAAAUUCAGCGUGACUGCAGAGUUUCUUGCAAAUAACAUACGACAGGCUCUGCUAAAGCUCUGA